UUUCGGCCUAUGCUGUUUUUGAAAAUUGCUUACACAAACAGAUGAAACCAAUUUCUACUUUGGAUAAGAAGCUAUAAAGAAAACUUGACUAAAAGUCUAGACAAUAAUUUAGAGUACCUGAUUUGUGAAAAUAUUUAUUUCAACAUCAGUUUUUGACUUUUAAGAGCUACUGUGUUUUCAUGUCAACACUAUAUUAUGACUUUGUCAACAACUUUUGUUAGAAUUGUGAUCAUAGAUUAAAAUAGAUUUUUUUAGUUAUAAUCGUUAAGUUACUUUCUACAUCAAACUCUUCUCUGAUUUUAUGAAAACAUAUCAGUCUUACAAGCCAAAUACAAAUUAACCACUAUGCCUAUAAGAAUAUCCAAUAGACUAGUAAAGAAAAAGUUGUGGAGAAUAUUAGGUUUUUUUUCAUGUAUCAUUGGACUCAUUUCAUAUGCAUUCAGCUCUUCUUUCAAUCAUCUUUUUGGAGAGUGGAACUUCUUCAAAAUCGUUAUUUACACGGCGGUAAGUUUCAUUAUCAGUAGCAUGAUGUUAUUAAUGAAAAGAUUGAAACUUUCAAGGAGAUUCUUGAUGAAAGCUCAUUUGGGUGUUCUUGUUUUGUUGCUAACAUCUUUAUACUCUUUCGUAUCUGAUAAUAAAAAUUUGAAUGGGAAACCAGACCUAUUGAGUCUUAUUUCGUGCGCAGCCUUUGCUUUAAUGUCUUUUUGCUUAUCAAGACAUAUUGAUCUUGGUUUUGAAUCUGAUCUUCUCAAUUUCUUCCUUGGAAUUUUUACUCUUCAAUUGAUGAAAAUCAACUUGAUGCUAUCUAUUGUUGCUGCAAUCUUCUGUUAUUCUCUUAUGGUUCUUCGUUCUAAUUGGGAUUUUUGCCGUGAAAUUAGAAGUUUGAGAAUGGAAAAUGGUAGCGAUCAUCGUGAUGUGGCCAUAGAAAUUGAUGUUUUGGAUAAUGGUAGCCGACAGAACCAGUCUUUAAGAUGGUUCGAUCAUAAGGAUAGGUAUAAUUGGAAAAAAUAUGAAGAGAAAUCAGCAAAAGGAAAUGAAAACCAGAGAAGCUAUUAUAAAUGUACUUGGCCUAAUUGUAUGGUGAAGAAAAAAGUUGAGAGAAGAAUGGAUGGAGAUAUAAUUGAGACACUAUGCAAAGGUAUGCAUAAUCAUCGCUUGCCUACGACUAUAAUGAAGAGGAGUUCAUCAUCUGAAUAUCUUUAUGCACUUUUGCCUUCAGAGACUGGCCCCAUUAAUGACUUAACAAAUCAAUCAUUUAGCAGAGAUCAAUUGGAUUUUGGUGCUGAGCAUGAAAGUUUCUUCCUAUCAAUAUGAAAUGUUGGUAAUCCAAGCAGUUCGUUGGUGCCCUCAGUCGCAAACCCAUUGGUUCUGUUACAAACAGUGUCCCCUAUAUAACUGAAACGCGGACCAGCAAUGACCAAAAACAGUAUUAUCUUCAUGAACUGUAAAGUUAGAUAUCUGCAGGAAAAACAUAAAAGAUCAACUUCGGAAACAAAGUGACACUCCAUCGACAAAACAAGUGACAUGAUACUGAAAGCAGCGCCCGAAACCAAACUGUAUAGAUCUGUGAUACGAACGCAAGUAUUGGUGAAGACCCCAUAGAGUAAGUGGAAAUCCCAAUUGCAGAUAUAAAUGAAAGUCAAAUUUUCACUAAACGACAGUCCACAAAAACCAGCUUGGAUGGUAGACUUUCUGUGUGAAUAAAGGGAAUAUUCUAGAUAGUUUUUGUAGCUGAUUGUUAUCUUUUUCUGUUAUAACAUUUCCUACUUUUAUGCAAGUUUGUUACUUAUAAUAAGGUGAACCAAUUGAAGGAAGUUGAUUUGAAGGCGCAGGUUUUGAGGGGUCAAAGACUCGCUCAAACAAAUGAGAGAGACAUCACAUAUUCAACGAAAACCUUAAGGUGAUAGAUGUAUGAGUUCUCUCACUUAUAAAGUGAUCAACCUUCACUUUUCUAAACAAUAUGAAACUUAGAACUCACACUUGUUUCUCCACACAACUCACACUUGUUUCUCAACACUCACUCCAACAGUUACAACUCUAUUACAUCGUUUCAAUUUUAUUUUUUUUCGCUCCAACCAAAUUUCCACCCCACCAAUUUGUAGACCAUCAAAUUCAUCUUAUUGAGGGAUCAAAACAGGUGAAUGUUCGGCCAUAUCGCUACCCGCAAUUUCAAAAAUAUUAGAUGGAGAAACUCAUUAGGGAAAUGCUUGAUCAAGAUAUCUUAUUCCCAAUCAUAUUCUCUUUUCAUCAAUUAUGUUGCUUGUUCAAAAAAAAUGAUGCAUGAAAUUUUUGUAUAGAUUUUCACACAUUAAACACAGCUAGUAUUAAAUAUUAAUUUCUCAUUUGUACCAUCGACGAACUCUUGAAUGAAUUAGGUGGAGCUUCAAUAUUUACUAAGAUGGAGCUUCAACCAACUGUCGUGACUAACACCUCUAAGACUAAAUUAGUCCUAACCCUCUCGAGAAA